GAGCUUACCAAAACUGAGAGAAAUAAACUCUCAAGGUGGAUUCAAGAUAGGAGAAAUAAACUCCUUCAGACAGCACAAAAAUAUAUCCAUUUUUUUUUCUUCACGCACAAAAACACAAAAAUAUAAUCAAGUUAUAUUUUUGUUUUAAAUAAUAUUCCUUAAGCCCACUUCCUGAAGCUUGGAGAACAAGGCUCGUUUUGGUUAGAUGCACAUGCUUGCAUAUAUAAUUGAAGCAAAUCUUGAUUGAGAUUUGAAAUAAAAAUUCUGCACGAAAACAGAGCAUCAGGAUGCUGUACGAUCAUGCUACAACAUCUCUGUCCAGCAUCUGGCUAUAACUUGUUUUUGCAAAAUGUAGCCAACAUAAAAACCUCAACAGUACUGCACCAACUUUAGACUCUAAAGUGAGGUUGUUCAUUUUUUUUUCGAAACGAUAAAUACUAUUAAAAUUCACAUACACUAAGAGGUUUUUUGAGUUAGAUUUGAAUGAAAGUGUUCAAUCUAAUAAUAUUAACAUUGUCAUUUGAUUAAAAUUUAUGUAUGAGAUUGUUCAUUUUUACCCGAGAAAAAUAUAAAGAUUUUACCUCUUAUAAUGAUUUAAUUUGAUGAAUACAUGAGUAAGUUAAAAUUUUUAUGUAUCGUUCCAAUUUUAUCGGAUGUCUCCGAAGGGAGGGUAAGUUAAAAUUUUUGUGAUAAAUAGAAAGAGAAAAAAAAAAGAAAAAGAAGAGGGGGUGACAAGAAACAAAACCCUAAAAACAAGUAAAAUUUUAUGUGAAAAUUAAAGAGAAUAAAUAGCUUUUUUUUCAUUAAAAAAUAAAAAGUAAAUAAAUUUUAACUAUUAACAUAAAGUCAUUAUUUAUUAGUUUUUUUAAGAAAAUAUUUAAAAUCAAAUCAUCUUAUGACUUUAUUUUAUUAAUAGUGUUGGAUAACUAGUGAAAAAUGAUUGCAAUGUUGUGCUCUAUACAUGCAGUGGGAGGUAAAUUUCCAGCAAAUGCAUUGACAAGGCAAGAAGUUAAAGCAUACAGGGAAAUUGAAAGUCAAGACAUGCAUAAGACUCUAGAUUCUUAUCUUCUUAUCUGUCAAAGAAUGGGGGUGAGGGCAAAUAAAUUGCACAUUGAAAUGGAUUGCAUUGAAAAAGGGAUUAUAGAGCUUAUAUCCCAACAUAACAUACAAAACCUUGUAAUGGGAGCAGCUUCUGAUAAGUACCACUCUAGGAGGAUGACAGGUCUAAGAUCUAAGAAAGCCAUCUAUGUAUGUGAACAAGCUCCAGCUUCUUGUCAUAUACAGUUUAUCUGCAAAGGCUAUCUUAUACAGACAAGGGAUUGCAGUAUGGAUAAACUUAGAGUAGAGGGCACAUCUCCUUUGGCAAAGCAAAUGCAAAACUCUGAAGUUGGUCACUCACCUCACUUAAGAUCUAAAUCAAUUUCACAUGAUCAAGAAUUACUUCAUCAUAGAGUAAGAUCUAUGAGCUCAGUAUCUGAAAGUGGAAGGAGCAUAGCAUCAUCUGUUGCUUCUUCAGAAUGGUUUUCAACUCCACAAAGCAAGUUUGAUAACGAACCAAGUUAUAGUCCUUCACCUUCAUCAGUUGAAACUGCGGCAUCGAACACAAAUUUGAUUAGUGAUGGCAGUGAGAAUGUGUUGGACUUGAAGAGUUACCUGUCUAGUAUCAAAGAGGAGGAUCUUUAUCAUGCAUCACCUCCUAGUGUGCUGGAUGGAACAAGGGAUGAUAGUGUGUAUGAUCAACUUGAACAAGCUAUGGCUGAGGCUGAGAAAGCUAGGUGGGAUGCUUAUCAAGAAACUGUUAGGCGUCGAAAAGCUGAAAAAGAUGUCUUGGAUGUGAUACGCAAGAAUAAAGACACCAAAAUCUUGUACGAAGAAGAGGUGAAACUACGGAAAUACUUAGAAGAGGCGCUAGAGAAAGCAAAAGAAGAAAUUGAUAACAUGAGAAGCCAAAUCGAAAAAGUCAAUAAGGAACUCGAACUUGCCUUGGAUCACAAGUCAUCACCUGAGAAUCAAAUUGGUGAAGCCUCAAGAACACAAUCUCUUCAACUUUUGUCAGAGUUUUCUUUUUCAGAGAUUGAAGAAGCAACAUGUAACUUCAAUCCAUCGUUAAAGAUUGGUGAAGGCGGAUACGGAAGUAUAUUUAAAGGCAUCCUUCGUCACACCGAAGUGGCUAUAAAAAUGUUGAACCCUAACAGCACUCAAGGACCCUUGGAGUUUCAACAAGAGGUUACGGUAUUGAGCAAGUUAAGGCAUCGAAAUCUUGUCACACUUAUAGGAGCAAACCAAGAAACAAGGACUCUUAUCUAUGAAUAUUUACCCAAUGGAAGUCUCGAGGAUCAUCUCAGCCGCAACAGUAAUACCUCUCCAUUAUCAUGGCAGGCUCGAAUUCGCAUUGCGACAGAACUUUGUUCUGCACUCAUUUUUCUCCAUUCCAAUAAACCUCACAGCAUAGUGCAUGGUGAUUUAAAACCAUCAAACAUUCUUCUUGAUGUAAACUUCGUAAGCAAACUUAGCGACUUUGGAAUUUGUCGUAUAUUAUCGUGUCAAGACGAUUCUUCAAGUAACAACAGUAGUACACAGUUUUGGAUCACUAAAUUUGCAAAGGGGACUUUUGCAUACAUGGAUCCUGAAUUCUUCGGUACAGGUGAACUUGCUACAAAAUCAGAUGUUUAUUCAUUUGGAAUUGUGUUAUUGAGAUUAAUAACUGGAAAACUAGCAUUAGGGAUAAAGAAUGAAGUGUUAUAUGCAUUAAAUAAUGCCGGUGGAGAAUUGAAAUCACUUUUGGAUCCUUUGGCCGGAGAUUGGCCUAUUGCAGAAGCCGAAAAUUUGAUUCAUUUGGCUUUGAGGUGUUGUGAUAUGAAUAAAAGGAGAAGGCCAGAACUUUGUUCAGAUGUGUGGAAAGUGUUGGAACCAAUGAGAGCUUCUUGUAGUGGCGCAAUCACGAACACUUUUGGUCCUAUGUCCUGUUUGGAUAAACAACUUAAUCGAACGACUUAAAAGUGGCCACGACAAAUCACCGAGGACAAAUUCUAUGUUCCAAAUCAUAAUCUUCAUUUUGCAAUGCAUGAUUGGUUUCAAAGUCACUUAUCAAACCUUCCAUUUUUUAUUUUCUCAUUUUGAUUAAAUUGUAGCUAGUUUUGCAUGUUUAUAUAUUAAGUUUCUAGUAGAAGCAAAGCAAUUGUCAUUAUAUUUAUUUUUUUAUACCAUAGUUUAUAGCUGUCAUGG